ACUAUUCUCUCUCCUAAUUUUGUUCCUCUCUCAUCACUCUGUUUCUCUCUCUAUCCAUCGCUUCGUCGUUGAUGAUUGAUCGCCGUUCCCAGUCCGCGUGAUUGGGGAAAUAAACGAAACCCUAAUCUGUUAGAUUCCUCUCGGGUAACUAUAUUUCCCACCAAAUUAUCGCCUUCGUUGGCGGUUAUAGGGGGAGGGUUGGAAGAGAGAAAAGCGAGAAGGGGGAAAGGUUAGGUAUUUAUGUCCCAUAAUCAAUCUAGGUUUGAGAAGAGCGACGGCCAGCUGAGGAAAUCCGGCGGUCGAUCCGGCCACGGCAGAGGGUUCUCCGGCGGUGGCGGUGCAGGGAAGGGCGGCGGUAGCGGUGGCGCCGCUCAUCCCCAUCAUCUAUCGUCCUCUUCUAAUCAGCCUUCGUCAUCAAGUAAUCGGAGUUUAAAGAAGUCCGGUAAUGGACAAGGAGGAGGGCAGCCAAGGGUAACUCCUGUGAGCCUGGGCCCCGAUACAUCUGCGAACACUGCCUCCCUGAGAGCUGUGCAGAAUGGUGCUCAUGGUCAAACCCCGCCUCAGGGUAAGUUGAGUUUACUAUUUAGACUUGCAUAGUGGUUUCAACUUACA